UUACUUGCAAAAUAAUUAUUUUGAUUGAUGAGACAGUUUACAAUGUAGAGCUACUUUUCUGUUUUCUUUUAAUCUAAAAUAUUCAACCUUUUGGAGCCCAUCACCUAACGAAUGUGGUGCUGCUUCAAGCUAAGCUUUUCUUUGUGCUGAUAGCACCUGUUAUAUCAUAUGGUACCCAAAUAUCCCACCAAACUCUUGCAACCUUUUCCAAGCGUGCAUAUAUAAUUAUACGUUUUUAUGGGAGAGAGAUUGAGUUAAUUGUUUAAGACAUGGGGUGGCGGUUGUGGUGGUGGUGGUGCUGGGCGGCACUUAUGGUGGUGGUGGAGGAGAAAGUUGGUGGAGAAGAAGUGACAUAUGAUGGAAGAUCUCUCAUUAUUGAUGGCCAAAGAAAAAUUCUCUUCUCGGGUUCUAUUCAUUAUCCCCGUAGUACUCCUCAGAUGUGGCCAGCUUUGAUAGGCAAAGCCAAAGAGGGAGGAUUGGAUGUAAUUCAAACUUACGUGUUUUGGAACCUUCACGAGCCUCAACCUGGUGAGUAUGAUUUCAAUGGAAGAUAUGACUUGGUCAAAUUCAUCAAGGAAGUUCAAGCACAAGGCCUUUAUGCUUGCCUCAGAAUUGGACCCUACAUUGAGAGUGAAUGGGCUUACGGGGGGUUUCCAUUCUGGUUGCAUGAUGUGCCUGGCAUUGUUUAUCGAUCAGAUAAUGAACCAUUCAAGUUUUACAUGCAAAACUUUACCACCAAAAUAAUGAACUUGAUGAAAGCAGAAGGCUUAUAUGCUUCACAAGGAGGCCCUAUUAUACUCUCACAGAUUGAGAAUGAAUAUCAAAACAUUGAAGCAGCUUUUGGUGAAAAAGGACCUUCAUAUGUUCGAUGGGCAGCAAAGAUGGCAGUUGAGCUUGAAACUGGAGUGCCAUGGGUGAUGUGCAAGCAAGCUGAUGCUCCUGAUCCAGUGAUAAAUACCUGCAAUGGGAUGAGAUGUGGAGAAACAUUUGCAGGGCCCAACUCAGUGAAGAAGCCAUCAAUGUGGACAGAGAAUUGGACAUCUUUCUAUCAAGUGUAUGGAGGAAAACCAUAUAUAAGAUCUGCUGAAGACAUAGCAUUUCAUGUCACACUUUUUAUUGCAAAAAAUGGAAGUUACAUAAACUAUUACAUGUACCAUGGGGGAACCAAUUUCGGGAGAACAGCGUCAGCAUAUGUCAUAACAAGUUACUAUGAUCAAGCUCCCUUAGAUGAAUAUGGCUUAAUGAGGCAACCCAAAUGGGGACAUCUUAAGGAGUUGCAUGCUGCAAUUAAGUUAUGCUCUACACCUUUACUGGAGGGAGUGCAAACCAAUUUCUCACUAGGCCCACUUCAAGAGGCCUAUGUUUAUCAACAAGAAACUGGGGGAUGUGUUGCAUUUCUUGUCAACAACAAUGGAGGAAAUAAUGCCACUAUACAAUUUCAAAAUGUAUCAUUUCAGUUGCUUCCAAAAUCCAUAAGUAUUUUAUCCGAUUGUGAAAAUGUAAUCUUCAACACUGCUAAGGUAAAUACAGAAUACAAUGAGAGAACCACAACAAGAAGUCAAACAUUUGAUGAUGAAAACAAAUGGGAAGAAUUCAAAGACAGCAUUCCAAACUUUUUAGAUGCUCCACUCAAAUCAGACGAACUAUUAGAGCAGAUGAACACAACCAAAGAUAAAUCUGAUUAUCUCUGGUAUGCAUUCAGCUUUCAACCCAAUUCAUCUUGCACUGAACCGGUACUUCAUGUUGAGUCCCUUGGACAUGUUGCACAUGCUUUUGUCAACAGCAUAUAUGCAGGGGCUGCACACGGAAGUCAUGAUGUUAAGGGAUUUACCUUGGAAAUUCCAAUUGUGUUGAUUGAUGGGAUGAACAAUAUAUCCAUACUCAGUGUGAUGGUUGGGUUGCCGGAUUCAGGAGCUUUUCUUGAGAAAAGGUUUGCUGGCUUAAGACAAGUGGAAAUACAAUGCACUGAAAAGGAGUUUUAUAAUUUCACUAAUCAUUCCUGGGGAUAUCAGGUUGGACUAUUGGGGGAGAAAUUACAGAUAUACAACAAUGAAAAUGUAGGAAAUGCUGGGUGGAGUAAAAUUGAUCUCUCCAGCAAACAACCACUGACUUGGUACAAGAGUGUAUUUGAUGCACCUAUGGGAAGCGAUCCAAUUGCUUUAGACCUGAGCACAAUGGGUAAAGGUGAAGCUUGGGUGAAUGGACAAAGCAUUGGCCGUUACUGGGUUUCAUUCCGUACUUCUGAAGGAAAUUCUUCACAGACUUUGUAUCAUGUGCCGAGAUCCUUCCUUCAAACCACCGGAAAUAGUCUAAUUUUACUCGAAGAAUUCCAAGGGGAUCCACUCCAAAUAUCCCUAGAUACAAUUUCAGUUACCAACUUACAUCAACCUAUUUAAUAUCCAAUUCCUCAAUAAUAUUUGUGUAAAUUGGUGUUGUAUCUGCUCAAUAAUUUAUUUCAAACCUGGAAACCUAUUGAAUGUUCUCAACGGACUAAUGUCAAAAGAAAUGUAACAAAACCUAAUUUUAAUCCUCA